AUGGUCAUUAAGCCGUGUCCCACAGCGACCACAGCUUUUCUCCUCCCGAAGCGACUCAAGCUCGCGUCUCUCGCGCUAGCAGGUGGCGUCAGCAGUUCUGGAAAUAGUAGCCCUGACUCUCGCUCCGUCUCGACCGUGACCGUGACCGCGACAGCGACAGUCGCCUCCGACACGCUCCCUCCAGGCGUCGAUCCCCGCCAGCCGAUUCUCUUCCCCUCACACAUGUCGUCCUCCGAGGCCACGCAGACCGUCCCGCGCCGCAAGGCCUGGUUCCCGCUGGGCUUCAAGGAGGCUGCGCAACAAUGGUGGACCUGCGUCAACGCCCGGCAGGCUGAGCGCAAUGUGCUCUCGUUCGUGCCCUACAUCCGCGAAGCGUCAGCCGAAGCGACCGGCUCUCAGCUGCAAGAGCUCGCCAAGAGCGAUCCCUUCGGCCAGCGCGUGUGGCGCUCGUCGCUUGUCUCGCUCUCCGGGAAGGACCGCGCGCUCAACGAACUGGCCAUCGAGCGCGUUGGCGAGCAGAUUGAGGACACCCUCGUCAUGUUGCAUGGCUACGGUGCCGGCCUGGGCUUCUUCUACCGCAACUUUGAACCGCUGACCCGGCUGCCCGGCUGGCGGUUGUAUGCCUUGGAUAUGCUCGGCAUGGGCAACUCUUCGCGUCCGCCGUUCCGGAUUCGGGCUAAGGACCCCAAGGAGAAGAUUGCCGAGGCUGAGGCCUGGUUCAUCGAUGCGCUCGAGGAAUGGCGAAAGAUCCGUGGGAUUGAGAAGUUUACCUUGUUAGGCCACUCGCUAGGCGGCUACCUCGCCGUGUCCUACGCCCUGAAAUACCCCGGUCAUCUUAACAAGCUUAUUCUUGCGUCUCCUGUCGGCAUCCCAGAAGACCCCUGGGCCGUCAACUCCGAGGCCCCCGAGCCCGAAGAAUCUUCCUUCGUCAACGAGUUCACCCAAGACCAAGAGAGCAUCAUUUCCGGCCGUUCCUCCAACAUCCCGACUCCAACCUCCUCUGAUUCCGAGUCUAGUAAUUCUAUCAAGAUUGAAGGUACCAUGUCCGCACCUCCUCCAAAACGCCCCAUCCCCGGCUGGCUCUCCUUCCUCUGGGAUGCCAACGUCUCCCCCUUCAGCCUCGUCCGCCUGGCGGGCCCCCUCGGCCCCCGUUUUGUCUCAGGCUGGACCCACCGCCGCUUCAACCACCUGCCCCCUUCCGAAAAAGAAGCCCUCCAUUUGUAUUCUUAUGCCCUAUUCCGCCAAAAAGGCUCCGGCGAGUACGUCCUGCCCUAUCUCCUCGCCCCCGGCGCGUACGCCCGUUCCCCCGUGAUCCAUCGCAUCGACAAGGUCGGUCGGCAGGUCAUCCAGCCGGCGACGGAGGACCGCCCUGCCGUGCGCGAGACGGGCUUCCCGAUCGUGUUCAUGUAUGGCGAGAAUGACUGGAUGGAUCCGGCGGGCGGGUACGCCGCAGAGGAGAAGAUCAAGCAGGCGUGCGUGAAGGCGUUGAUGCGUGCGCAGACCGAGGAAGAGAGGGAGAAGGAGAAUGGGGGCGCCAAGGUGGUGAUUAUCAGGCGAGCGGGACAUCAUUUGUAUCUGGAUAAUCCGGAGGAGUUUAAUGAGGCUGUGAGGAGGGAGAUGGAGGAGGUUAUGGAGGAGAGGAGGAGAAGGCAGAGGAGGGGAUGGGAGUGA